AUGACAGAUACUCCUGUGACCCUGAGUGGGACAGAAUGCAAUGGGGACAGACCACCUGAGAAUGGCCAACAGCUUGGCAGUCAAACCAGGACGGAGACAACUGAUGCAGAUGAGACCCAACCAUACUACAGGGUUGAACCCAGUCUUGAAGAUUUACCUGCAAAAGAAAGUCAAGAAGAAAGUGGAAAUACUAAAGGGAAUAUACUACCCAAAGGGUCUGAAGAUGAGAAGAUUCUCAAUGAAAACCCAGAAGAGAACCUCUUUGUUGUUCACCAGGCCAUCAGAGAUCUUUCUCUCCAAAAAACAAGUGCAGAAGACAUGGCUUUCCAAGAAGGGCAUCCGUGGAAGAAGAUUCCUCUGAACAGCAGUAACCUGGAAGUGGGUAGACAGAAGGAAAGAACUGUCCACCAACAUCUAGAGCACAGAGAAGAUGAGAGCACAGCCCACCAGGCAACUGAAAUCGAAUGGCUGGGCUUCCAGAAAUCUACUCAAGUUGACAUCUUGCAUUCUAAAUGUGACGAGGAAGAAGAGGAAGUGUGGAAUGAAGAAAUAAAUGAGGAAGAUGUUGAUGAGUGUGCUGAGGAGGAAGAUGAAGUCCGAGUAAUAGAAUUUAAGAGAAAGUACAGAGAAUGUUCUCCAUCAAAAGAGGAAAGCCUUGCAAGGGAGGACUCUCCACUAAGCAGCCCCAGCUCCCAACCCGGGACCCCCGAUGAGCAGCCAGUGUUCGGAAAGAAGGGAGAUAUCGCCAGGAAUUCUUAUUCCAGAUACAACACGAUAUCCUAUAGGAAAAUCAGGAAAGGCAACACCAAACAGAGAAUUGAUGAGUUUGAGUCAAUGAUGCACUUAUAA